CUUGGCGGCCCUCAUUUCGUCAAGUUUUCUUGACCUCGCCACUUCCAAAUCACGGCGUCCUACUACCGACACUCCUUCUCCAGCAUCAAAUUCCGAAUCGUGCUCGGUCUCACGCGCUCCUACCGGGACGGCGGAAGCGGCCACCGCUACCUAAUCCAGCAACUUUCUUAGGGUCCAUCACCGUCUACGACACGCCCUACAAGACCUAACAAUGUCCGACCACGGGGAUCUUGCCGUACAGCCAACAACCGGGGAAUGCCACCUCAUGCGCCUUCCAGGAGAAAUUCGCAAUAUCAUCUACGAAUACGCGCUCACUGAGCCCGACGGUCUCACGUACCGCAACUCAGAGUUCUGCGCCGCUCGCCUAGUGGCGCAUGAGCCAGGAGAUGCAGGCCUGAACAGCGGGACGCGAUUGGACUACGUCGAGGCAAACCAGCUGCAGUACGUCAGCCGUGAGAUGCGCCGCGAGACGCGAGGCCUCGGGAUUGUGUAUAACGAUCUCACCUUUGUUGGUACUUCCAACAAUCUCGCGACUUCACAAUUUGCGCUCUUCCUCCGCGUCUGCGCCUCGCGUCACCUCGACUACAUCCGUACGAUCACACUUCGACAUCGAGACACCGAUUUAGGCCCACGGCCAGUCGCGCAAGACAAAUUCGAGGACGAUCAUGAGAGUGCUAAUAUCUUUAUGGACUUCUGUCAUAAACGACCCAAUGCCACAGUCAAAUGGCACGUACCGUGGAUGUCUGCUCAACGCAAGUUUUUCCUGCUACAAGUAUUCAGGCUUGACCUGCUGUCUCGGCCCCCUAGCCGACCAAUACGACAACUUCUGGAGUCGAAAUGGAGCCCCAGCCUGAUUGAGUUUAUGUCAAGGAAACACCCGGAGGACGAGGAUCAUCCGCUUAAAAAAUCCCCAACGAACCUGAUCUUCUUUCCGCAGGAGGAUGCGCUUGAUGAAGCUUCAGUUUGGCAGCUUUGCCAGGAGGAUCCGGAUCUUGAAGCGUUGGUGCUACGUUUUGUAGACGGUGUCGAGGGCUACAUUCCGAUUCUGCAGAACCUCUUCAAGAAUGGCUUUUGAGCGCACACGGCACGCGGCUGGCCCACUAGAAUGUUCUCUCAGGACACAU